AUGGCGCAUAAUGAGGGGCAAGGAGCCAAGGGCCAACGUGCACCCGACACUGACAAUAUUUUUGACUUUGUGGAAAAUCUCAGGGAGGUUACCACUAACCCACGGGACACUACCUCCACGGGAGGCAAGUCCAACCCAACGGAAGGUUUCCGGAGCGGAACUGAGGGGGUUAAGAAAAAAACAUCAGUGAGAGGACCUGACCCCGAGGGGGAAAAACAGCCCCCCAUUGAUGCCAUCUUGCGCUCGCUACUUGCUAGCCAGCCGGCUCAGUCGCACACCAUGGCACAGAUCGGCACAGCGUUGGCUAAAUUAAGCAACAGUACGGAGAAUACCGACAAAGACCGAGAAUAUGCGAGUGACGGCUCGAUUCAUCACAAACAUGGCGGCGCCCAUGAAACAGAGGAGGGUGAAGCAUCCGAUGAGGACGAAAUGGACGAGUUGAUUCACCGGUGUCUUGAUCAAGGGAAGGAAAAGGACAACCAUGAUGAGACAGACGAUUUCAAUAGUCUCAUGGAAGACAUGGUUGACUUUUUCGGGGAAGAAGACGCAACUGGGCCUGAGAUAAACAGUGACUUAGCAAAGUCCAUCAACGACGGCCUGACUAAAAGCCCGAAUAUGGAUAAACUUAAGCCAGUUAUGGAAAAAUACAAACGCCCGAAAAACCUUGACUACCUGAUGGCACCUCGCGUAAAUUCGGUCAUUUGGCUUGAGGCGAGAGCCAUGACCAGGUCAAAAGACAUCAACCUGCAACGCAUCCAAAGUCUACUUGACAAGGCUACUAUUCCAGUAGUCCAGAUGAUGGAUUCACUGAUGUCGUCUGUCGUUCACAAGAAGGAACUUAAUGCCAAAGAACUUCUGGGUAAGACCAAGGACGCAGUCAGGAUGCUUGUUGGCCUGCACAGCGACAUCAACACCACAAGACGAGAGACAUUUAAGCCUGACUUUCGUGGGCCUUAUAAACGGUUAUGUUCAGGGGAAACUGUGGCUACAACAAACUUGUUUGGGGAUGACCUCCCAAAGAACAUAAAGGACAUCACAGAAAGCAAGGAAUUAAGCAACAAAUUGCACAGCUCUGACAAAACCAACAGGGGUUUUACGGCCUCAUCUUUUUCACGCGGAGCUCGCUAUGGCCAUGGACAUGAUGGAAGCAGAUUCAGGCCUUAUGAUUCACAGUACAAAGGAUAUAAGAGAGGUGGAUUUGCUAAAGGCAGAGGCCAGUCAGGUCAGGCAGGGACAUAUGGAUCAACAAGUCGGCAAAACCAAGCACCUUUUUUAGGCAAGCGACCAACAGGGUCACCAUGGAAAAAAGGGGACCAUCGGAAACAGUAGAGCCAUACGGUGACAUGGAAAUUGUUCAGGUGAGCCGCCUACUUGAGGGUAUUGGAAAUACACCUCAGAAUUUUAUGGCAGGUAAAGUUGGUUUGUGCUAUGACAAUUGGAUGAAUAUUACAUCAGACACAUGGACACUAAAAUGCAUUCAGGGAGCGAGAAUAGAAUUAAAGCAUCAACCAUACCAGGUCCUCAUACCUACCCCCUUUCGGCUUCAUGAUGAGUGGGAACAGGUAGAUAAAGAAAUAUCCUGUUUGUUCGA